AGGAGAUGACGUUUUGAAGAUAGAGCAGAACAAGAAUUCAACCUCUGCUUCACAGAGAAACCCCGAACCAUGGGAGAACCCAAAUCACCCCCUCUUUCUCCAUCAUUCAGAUCAACCUGGCGCAACUCUUGUGUCCCAACCACUGAUGGAAGAUAAUUACACCACAUGGGUCCAGUCUAUGAGCAUGGCCCUGACUAUCAAGAAUAAGAAAGGCUUCAUUGAUGGGACUCUCAAGAGACCAACACAUAAUCCUACUGAGCAGCAACAAUGGGAUCGAUGCAAUACCCUUGUCAAGACUUGGCUACUUGGAGCAAUGUCAAAGGAGAUCUCAAGCAGUGUUAUUCACUGCAAAGAAGCGAGAGAUAUGUGGACUGAGAUUCAGGAGCGGUUCUCUCAUACGAAUACAGUUCAACUAUUUAAUAUAGAGAAUGCUAUUCAUGACUGCGAACAAGGUGCAAAUUCAGUUACAGCAUUUUUCACAAAACUUAAAAGUCUUUGGGAUGAAAAGGAUGCCCUUUGUACUUUUCCACCAUGCCAAUGUGAAGCAGCUGCUGAAGUCAAAGCCUCUCUAGAAACACAGAAGACUAUGAAGUUUCUGAUGGGACUUGGUGAGAGCUAUGCAACCAUUCGAAGUAAUGUAAUUGGAAUGGAUCCACUUCCAAAUGUAAACAAGGCUUAUGCCAUGGCCUUGCGUCAUGAGAAACAGGCAGAGGUCUCUAAUGGGAAGACAUCUGCACCACCUGAAGCGUCCGCUUUUUCUGUGAAAAAGUUCCAUCGUGCUACUAAUUCAACAGAAGGAGAGAAGAAAUGUGAAAAGUGCAACAUGACAAACCAUAGCACGAAAAAUUGCAGGGCACAUCUCAAAUGCACCUAUUGUAAUGGCAAGGGGCAUACCUACGAAUAUUGUCGUAGGAGGAAAAAUGCAAUGGAAGGAGGGCAACGAGCAAGGGCCAACCAUGUAGCUUCUUCAAGUGACAACAAAGAAGGGAUGACAACCUUUCCCUUUUCCCAAGAGGAGUGUAAUCAAAUGCUUGGUCUUCUGAGCAAAUUUAAGACCGUUGCUAGCAACCAAGAUGAUUAUCACCAAAUGCUAGGAGCCUUGAACAAGCCUAACUCAUCUGCAGUCAAUCUUGUUGGUAAUGUUCCUAAUUAUGAGGAACUUUCAGGACCUACGAUCGGGGAAGACGAUUGGGACGGGAACUGAGAGUGAAGGACUUUACUGCCUUAAUCUACCACAGAAAGGAGCCUGUAAUAUGGUGCGCAGCAAACCUCAAAAUUUAUGGCACCAAAGACUAGGGCACCCCUCCAUCAAAGUAUUUCCAUUAUUUCCUUUCCUUGCAAAUAAAACUUGCGAUGCAAGUACUUGUUCCGUUUGUCCUUUGGCCAAACUAACCAGACAACCUUUUCCAUUAAGUGUUACAUUGAGUGACUCUUGUUUUGAUCUCAUCCAUGUUGAU